AUGGCAUCUUCACUAACCCUAAGGCGCCUCCUCAUGCCAAAAUCCCUUGCUCCAAUAUCAUCAUCGACUCGCUCUAUCACCACCACCCUGUCGGCUGCCGCCAAGCACUUCAUCUCCACUGCUCCUGCUGAUUACGGCGACGACGGCGAGGGGGAGUGGUACACGCAGGAGACGGACAAAGCUUAUUAUGUGAGGUUGAAUUUGCCGGAAUAUGAGAAAAAAGACGUGAAGGUGGACGUGGACCGAAAAGAGAACAUUCUUACCGUCACUGGCCGGGCCGGGCAUGGCAGGCAUUGGACCUCUUAUGACCUGCCGGAGGAAUGCAUCAUCGAUUACACCAAGGCAGAGAUGAACGACGGCGUGCUGAAGGUUGUUGUGCCUAAGGUCCUCGAUGAAGACGAGGAUCAGAAGAGUGAAAGCUUUAGUGUCCACAUAGAGUAG